UACGCGGCGCGCUCUGAUGAUGUCACGGGAGAGUAACAGCGUGGGGCAGACAUGGCAGCUUCCAUAUCACAGCAGCUCGAGGAUCUGUUAAAUCCUUUACCAAGCUUCCUGGAUCCCGAGGACGACCAAAAUGAAGAGACGAAAGCUAAAGUCAUAGAGAAGUUUGAUGAAGGUGGUGAUGACGAUGAACUUUUAUCUGGCCAUCUGCGGAUGCGCUCUGCUGCAAUUCUGGCUGAUGGUGAUCGUCGAUAUCGUGGCAAGGCAACAACCAGAAAAGAUCUACAGAAAGAGUUGGAUGGAUCAGCAGAUGAUGAUGAUGAUGAAGAAAAUGGAAUGCUGGACAAGUACAUGGAGUGCAUCAAAGGUGAUGAUGAGGAGGAGGAUGAAGACGACAAUGAUGACGAGGAAGAUGAUGAGGAUGAAGAAGAACAAGGCGAUGACGAGGAGGAUCUCAAUGGAGAUGAUAGCUCACACAUGUCCAGCUUAGUCUCUAAAAUGAAGGUCACAGACUUUAUGAAACUCACAGAGGGAAUGGAUGAUCUGGGAGAUAAUGAUGAAGAAGAGGAAUCAGCUGCCAGUGAAGGAGAGAGUGAAGAAGGCUCUGAGGAAGAUGAAGAGGAGGAAACAGCCCUAAGGACCUUCUCUAAAGAGAAAGUUGAUGAAGAGGUUGAAAAAGGGAAAGCAGUGAAAAAUCAGCUCGCACUUUGGGACCUAAUGCUUGAAAGACGAAUCAAAAUACAGAAAGCUCUUGUGAUGGCCAAUCAGCUUCCACAGCCACAGACAUUCCCAGAGUUCAAGAGCAGGGGAGGGGCUGAAUAUGCUGAAGCUUUAAAAAAUAGUCAUAAAGCCCUAAAGGCUCUACAAAGGUCUCUGCUGGAACUCCAAGAUCUGCUGCUCUACCAAAACCCUGAAACCAGAGCCAUCUCUCAGGGAAAGACCUGGGGCACCAGCAGCAGUGCUAAAGAUGAUAAAGAGAUUAACAGUGAGGAUGAUAUGGAAAAUGGGGAUGAUAGCCAAGAGCAAGAACAGGAAGCAGUGCGAAGCGGACCCCCCAAACGAAAACUGGAAAUGGCAGAGUAUCCCAACUUUAUGGCCAAACGAUUUGCUGCUUUUCUGCCUUACCGUGAUGCCACCUUGCAGAAAUGGUAUGACAAGACGCGACUCACAACGGGCAAGAGCAAAAAGGGUUUCGGAGCAUUUGACAGGAAUAUCCUUACUCAAGUGGAGCAGGUUUUAAUGGACAAAGAGAGGCUGGUGAGACGUACACAGACGCGCAGGUCUGAAUACAGAGUUGUGGGGAAGCCGGAGCCAAUCACGCCUGAAAUAGACAGCAGUAUCACAGAGGGAGAGGCAGCUGAACUGGCACUGAAAGCUAAUGUGCACCUUAAAGAUCUGGAUGAGGAGAUUUUUGAUGACGAUGACUUUUACCACCAGCAACUUCGAGAGCUUAUUGAGCGCAAAACAAGUGCGACAGACCCCAAUGAUCAAGUGGCCAUGGGAAAGCAGUGGCUUGCCAUCCAGAAACUACGUAGUAAAAUCAAGAAGAAGGUGGACACUAAAGCCAGCAAAGGCAGGAAGAUCAGGUUUCACAUUCACAGUAAGCUGAUGAAUUUCAUGGCUUCAAUAGACAACAGCAGCAUGAGUGAUGAUGCCCGGUCUGAGCUGUUUCGUUCCCUGUUUGCGAAUGGUCCAGUGAUGGCACACUGACUGAAACAUCGGCAUUAACAUGCUUAAACUCUAGUGUGUAUGUGCUGUAUUGCUUUCACACACACUUCAAACCUACCCCAGACUCAAACCUAGGUUUUUGUUUCGAGAUUACCUGUAAAUGAAACUAAACUUUUCUUUUGAAUUGUAUAAUGUCACAUUUUAGUGCCUAUUUGUAUUAAAAUACCAUU